GCGAUCUCCGUCUCCUCGCAGCUGUGAUGAGCAAAACCUGUGGAGCCACGUCCAGGGAUGAGCAUUUCAGCUGGGAGCGGGUCGAGAAGACAGGGUUUCAAUGGAGAAGGCCAAAUAGUGGCGACUAUGGUGCGACGUUCAGGAAACUGAGGCCUUCUUGAAGAUUUUCUUUUUCUGUCUUCUUCGAGAUUUGUUUAAACUUUUUUAAAACCAAAUGGACAGAUUUAAACCAAGCUAAUUCAAGUUUUUCAAGAAAUCAGUGAUUGGGGAGUUGCUGGUAAACCAGACUUUACGCGUUCGGGAAGAUGUCUGACAGAUCGCAGACUCCAGAGACCCAAAGCCGGCCUUAUGACUUCAGCCGGACCGGCGCUUGGAGCAACCAGGUUUUGGGUCAGGAUGGCGCGGCCAACGCUUCGUCUUUCCAGUUCGAUCACGGGGUUUUGGCAGACCCGAGUCUGCUUUACCGCAAACCCGCCUACGGAGGAAUCACACCCGCGUCCGGGCAGACGUUUCUCCCCUUCCCACCCGUCGGCAGCGACUUCAGGGGAUCGGAGCUGCAGGCUGGGGACUUUGGGCAGCCAAAGCACUGGUAUCCCUUCGCGGCGCCCGAGUACACCGGCCAGAUACCCGGCGUGACCGCGGCCGCCCAGCCCGCCAACCUGAGCCCCCAGAUAGCCGAGACUCGGGAGCAAAUCAGAUUACCCGAGAUCAAGACAGAGGACACCGGAGAUGGUUAUUCGACCGAGAUGAAGGUCCAGCAGUAUCCGAAUCUUGCGCCUUCCGCGGGCAUGCCCCACGGAGUCUUCUACCCGCCGGCUUGGAACCCGUCCUUCUGGCCCAGGAUCACUCACAUCACCCCACCAGGAAGCAACAACCAAAACCCCUCGGCGUCCUCGACACCUUCCCCGUCGAUGUCCCCCUCGCCCCCGAGCAACGGGAUCCAGGGCAACGCGUUUUUCAGCGUGAGCUCCAACAACCAGGUUCCCUCGGAGCCGCAGGCGCAGACCCCGGCCACCAACACGCGGAGCAGCGGGUCUUCAAGCGGAGGCUGCAGCGACUCCGAGGAGGAGAACAUCACCACUGAAGAGCUGGAGCAGUUUGCCAGGGAGCUGAAACACAAACGGAUCACUUUGGGCUUUACUCAGGCAGACGUUGGCCUUGCUCUUGGUAACCUUUAUGGUAAGAUGUUCAGCCAGACAACCAUUUGCCGCUUCGAGGCCCUGCAGCUGAGCUUCAAGAACAUGUGCAAGCUGAAACCUCUUCUGCAGAGAUGGCUGGACGAGGCGGAAACCUCGGAGAACCCUCAGGAUGUGUGUUGGAGAGGGGAUGCAUCCAAAAGUCUUGAGGACUGGACUCGGGGCACCCCUGAUAUGUACAAGAUUGAGCGAGUGUUCGUCGACACCAGAAAGAGAAAGCGGAGGACCAGUCUGGAGGGAGCGGUGCGCUCUGCUCUGGAGGCCUACUUCAUCAAAUGUCCCAAGCCCAACACUCAGGAAAUAACGCAGAUCUCGGACGAUCUGGGCCUGGAAAGAGACGUGGUGCGCGUUUGGUUCUGCAACCGAAGACAGAAGGGCAAACGUCUGGCGCUGCCGCUGGACGAGGAGUGUGAAGGCCAGUACUACGAGCAGAGCCCUUCACCUUUGAACAUGGCCCCUUCCCCCAUCCAAAACCAAGCCUACCCAUCCUCCAGCUACACCGGAGCACCUCCUCCCACCCUCUACAUGCCCCCGCUCCACCGACCCGACGUCCUGAAACAGGCGCUCCACCCUGGACUGGUUGGUCACCUGACCGGAUAAACGGGUGGGUAGUCUCCCAACCAGACCACACUUUCCCGUCUCAAGCAUCCACCGAAACCCCACCUGAGCUCAAAAUGGGAAUCCGGAUCCAGUUGACUGGAUCAUGGGGGGAAACGCAGCAAACAUGACUUUUUGACUGUGGAAAAAAAACCAAACAAGUUCGAUAGGCCUUAAUCUAUGAAUUUUUUACGAUGACCGUGCCUUUCUUUUCCCUCUUUGUGGAUAAUUUAAGCCCUCAGUUUUGCAGAUUUGUACUCCAGUUUUUGGUACGGAUGUGAAGUGAGGUUACAGUUAAAACCUUUUAGUACUGCUGAGCCCAGGGAGUAGGCUUAACCUCAAAAUGUUUUUAAGUCAUGUCUAUAUUUGUGCAAUACUUCAUCUGGAAAUGGCUGCUUUUGCACACACCCGCAAUCUUCACCAUCAAACAUUUAUUACGAUUCAUGGUUGCACAUAUUAAAAGCUAAUAUUACAGAGAUUUUAGAGGGAAGAAGUGUCUCAUCACACUUGUUUUUUUUUUUUAAAAGUACGCUUCUUUUUAAUUGCAUUUCAAUGUUCUUUGCUUUAAUCCCAUGCAUCAAGACCUUUAGUGCCAAUGAAUUGUGACGACACUGGGGAAAAAAAGGCUGAAUUGCUUUGUAUCUCUUUUCCCUUGUUAAGUCAAAGCCCUGAUGUCAGUACAUUUUUUUAAUGUUUGCUCUAGCUGUUAGCUUUUAAUGUGAAUUUAUUGACAAAUAAUUCUAAUAUAUUGAAUUGUGGCAGUGAGGUAAAAAAAAAUCAUCC